CUGAUAAGAAAAGAAAGCAGUGAAUAGGAUAAAUAGUUUUUUUGUAUAAAUAUAUUCUCGAAACAAUCAUGCAACAUUCAUAUGCAUUCAUGAGUGGAGUUUUGAGAAAUGUCACCAAAGAAACUCGUACGUCAGCUGUUCUAAAGGAAUCAGUACGAAGUUUUGUGGCAAGUCGUGUGAGACUCGAUUCGUUUAAAGUGCAAGACCAAAAGGAUUUUCAAGAAAGAGUGAAGAAUAGUAAGGUCCCAGUCGUCGUAGAUUUCUUCGCUACAUGGUGCAAUCCAUGCAAAAUGCUGACACCACGCCUUGAAUCUGUCAUUGCUGAAAAGAAAGGGAAGGUACUACUCGCAAAAGUGGAUAUUGACGAAAAUACAGAGUUGGCCUUGGAUUAUGAGGUGGGUUCUGUUCCAGCUCUUGUUGCUAUUAAGAAUGGAAAAGUGCAAGAACGACUGGUUGGUUUACAGGAUAUUGACAAGCUUAGGAAGUUUGUAGACCAGCUAAUUCAUAAAACUGAUUGAUAGUAACUUAUUUUCAACCAAUAGCAGGGACUUUAUUACAAGUGUAUAUAUCUCCUUCCAGUAUAUGAUGAGAAACCAUGUAAUCAUAUUAACAUUGUCCGAGUACAACAUAACAUCAGCACUGCAGCAUUAUUAAAAGCUGAAAGAGAAAACUUACUUGCAAGCAACAUAAUUAACUUUGGCAUGCAGCAAAGAUUCAGGACUUUUUCAAAUAUGCCAUUUGUACAUUGUACUUACGUUUUCCCAGCUGUCAUGAUUUGAGAUACUAUGAAAGAAAACUCUACACUACAAAGUUCUACUGUAAAUAUAUAUAUCAAUAAAUGGUGGGAGGAUGUGAAACACUC